CAUGUUUACUUCCGGUGUUAGCGCCCCUUUGACAAACGAGGGAAAGUUCAAACAAAGCAGCACUUACUUUUUUACAAAACAGUGAUUUAAUAUCUAGUGUAAUGUAUAAACCACUUUCUUUAUUAGAUAGAUGGAUCCAAGAAAACAACGCGCUGGUAAACAAAUGGAAGCAGCAAGAAAGAGGAGGAGAUGCCUCGAGCCGAGACCAGAGCCAGACCCAUCUGAGAUUGUGUUCCUCUGAGUUUCACAAACUUUUAAUGAAAAUCCAAGGUAUCCCUCCUCUUGCAGAUCACACACAGUUGGAGCUGACAGUGGUGUACAAUGCCUGUGUGUGUUCUGUAGCUCAGUCUCACUUCUCAGAGGCUGAGCUGUUGCUCACACGAGCCACAGAGAGAGUUCUCCAGAUGUCAGGAGUUGACUUUGUUGCUUCAGACCCUUCUGUGUUUUGGAGAACAGUUCUCAAAUCAGAGGGAAACACCGCUUUGAAUCGCUUUGUACUAUACCUCCUCUGUCUGCAGUGGGCAAUUUGGCUGUCAACUUGUCAGCUGAAAACUAUACAGGUUUUUCAGGAUGAGCUGUUCUCUGUGUUUGAGAGACUCUCUGCUGGAGUUCCUGAUGAUGGGAAGAGCGAGCCAAAGGGAAAGUCCUCUGAUUUUCCACUGCUGGUGAUGGACCCAAGAAUUCUUAUUGAAUUAUUGCAGAUCUGCACUUUGAUUGCCCAAGGUGCAGAAAGCUUGAGUGAGGGCCGGAGUUCAGAGGCGCUGUCUGGUCUGCAGAUAGCUUCCUCCCUGCCUGCUCCCAGAACUCUAGUAGCGUACACACACCUCCUCUCAGGCCUUUGCCUCGCCCAUAUGAGCCGCCCUCAGAUGGCGUUGCAGUGUUACAGGAAAGCACUGGAGACAGACUCCCGGUGUGUGUGUGCUCUGUACCAGAGCAUGCUCAUCUACAGACAGCUUGGCAACACACAGGCUGAGAUACAAGCUCUUCAUUUGCUGCACUCAACUUUGAUGUUGCCCUCUGCCACAGAGCCUGCUCCGGCUGGUGCUCAUCUCUCUCCGUCCCUACUGCUGCACAGCCAAUCACUGAGCAGCCUGCUCUCAGUUCCCUCUGCCCUCUCUGUCCUUCACAGCCUAGCCUUGAAGUGUGUGCUCCAUGGCAGGGUGUCAGAGGGUGUAGAAUAUUAUUUGGACCUGCUGGCUGCUCUUCACUCAGAAGAUCAACAUGGAAUGCAUGCUGAGGGCCCUCCCCUCCCAAGGUUGCCCGAGCUUUACCUGCAGGCUGGCGCUGCCUUGCUCACGGCCCAGCGGCCAGCUGAUUGCAUGGCACUGUGCGAUGAAGUCAUCACUACAACACUGGACCUGCUGCCAGAGAAGCUGGUGUUGGAAGAGCCAGAAGAAAAGUGUGAGGAUAGGGUGGCGACUGUGCUCUGGGCGGGGGCUGCCUACAUGCUCCAGGGUCACUGUCAUGCUCACCUGAAGGACUGGAAACAAGCUGUGACUCACUAUACAAGAUGUGUGAACCUGCUGGGGAAAGUGUGCUUUAAAAAGAGAGGUUUCCAACCACAGAUUCCCGCUGCAGAUAUGGUUGGCAAGCAGGGGAUAGAUCUGUGUGUCCUGCAGAGGCUGAAGGGGCUCUCACUAGCUGGCAGGGGCAUCAGCUUCAUUCAGACAGACCAACUUAGAGAGGCACUGAGAGACCUCCAGCUCAGCAUGCAUGCAUUCCCAGAGUGUGUGGGUGCAGGGCUCUGGUGUGGUGAGGUGCUGUGGAGGCUUGGCAGGCGACGGGAGGCCGCAGCUUGUUGGGAAAAUACCUGGAGCCUCCCCACACAAAUCUCAGAGGAAAGUCUUUCUGUGUACCUACAGGAACCCCAGUCUGGCCCUAUGUUGGACUCCACAGAGCUGCACCAGCGAAUACAGGAACUCGGUCCUUCUUUUUAGCCUAGAGAGACAAAAGAAGAAUACCCUAUCACUUACUGAACAGGAUCAACUUUCUCUGGCCUGUGAACUGAAACCCAUAUGAACAACAAACACACAUCUACUGGGUCUACAAAAUAAAGAAUCUUGAAAGGGCUUACAGUGUUUGAAAGUGAGCGCAUGGUGUGGAUGGUGAACCUGGCAGGUGGUCUAUGCAUGAAAUGAAGAUUACCUGACAAACUGUUGUUUGGUCACUGAAGGUCUGAACUGGCUUUUAGGAAAUAAAAUAUGUACUUUGACCACGCAAGCGUAAUCAAUACUGUUACUUAAAAGAUAUAUUAUGCUCUGAUAAAGCACAAUACAUACCACUUUAAAAGACACACACUAUAAAAUGUUGCUACUGUAAAAUGUCUAUUUGUACAGAUUUUUGUAUGGAUUGUAUCUACAAAUAAAACGCACAAAUCAA